AUGAAGGAAAUGCCGAAUCUCUUUAGAUUCGGAAAAGAAAUCCUAAUCAAAGCUGUAGCCACUGCCAUUCCCACUUAUGCUAUGAUGUGUUUUCGAUUGCCUCUUUCCCUCUGUCAUCGUAUUCAUCAAUUAGUCCGACAAUUUUGGUGGGGGCAAAAAACACAUGAGAGAAAGCUGGCCUGGAUAUCUUGGCAAAAAAUGAGCCACCAGAAAUGGGAAGGGGGACUUGGUUUCAAAGACAUUGCAGUUUUUAAUCAAGCAUUGUUAGCAAAGCAAUUCUGGCGUAUCAUGAACAACCCAACCUGCCUGCUUUACAAGCUCUAUCAAGGUCGGUAUUUUCCAAACUCCACAAUUCUUCAUGGGCAACUCAGGGGUCGUCCAUCUUGGUGA